GGUACUUUACAUGCUGAUACCAUAAAAGACCUAACCUAGUUAUGUUUUCUUAACUAUGAAGAUGGAACUAGAAGAAGCACCUCAGAGCAAGAUAACAACGAAUCCUCCGCCGUCUCAGUCGUUUCCUUCGCUUCCAGAUGAGAUCAUUGUAACUUGCUUAUCACUCAUAUCUAGGUCGUACUACCCUAAACUCUCCCUAGUGUCCAAAAGAUUCCGCUCUCUCAUCUUUUCCAAUGAGCUAUACAGUGCCCGAUGUGACUCCAAAACACGUGAACACGUCCUUCAUGUCUGUCUAAAGUUACCCGACAACCGUCUUCCGUCUUGGUACAGCAUGUGGAUAAAACCUGAUCAAACCCUAAUCAAUGAAUUGGAGGAAGAGGAGAAUAAUAAUUCUACCGGAAGAAAUACUAUGUUGGUAGAAAUACCCUCUUCAUAUUCUCCUCGUGUACCAGCAUCAUAUCUCGGUAAGGUUUGUUCAAAAUACUACAAACUCGAACAGGACAGUAUCUCUCCCAAGUCAUCCCUACUCUCGGUCCGUAAUAAAGGGGUUCUCGCUCCAUGGGGUAAACUUAAAGGCAGAUGGUGUGAAGCCCCUAGAAUGAAAGUGGGUCGAGAGAAUGCAGUCGCGGGGGCCCUUGAUGGGAAAAUAUAUGUAAUGGGUGGUUGCGAUGCAGAAGAAUCCAAGAAUUGGGCUGAGGUUUUCGAUACAAAUACUCAAACUUGGGAAUCUUUACCUGACCCUGGCCCUGAGCUCCGCUCCUCUUUAAUUAAGGGAGUGGACGUGACCAGGAGAAGGAUAUACAUUGAGAGCAGCGAGGAGAAAUAUCAUUAUUAUGAUUCAAAAGAAGGUCGAUGGGGAGUUUCAUCAAAAGAAUGCAAGACUUGGAGAAGGUACUGCAAGAUAGAUCAUGUUAGGUACAUUUGUAGUAAAAGAGGUUUCUUUUGGUAUGACAAAAAGCUUCAAAGCUUGAGAAUGGUCAAAGGUUUGGAGGUACUGAAAAAAAAUUGUUGUGUUGGGGUUAUUGCAAUAGCUAACUACGGUGGGAAACUUUUAAUCUUGUGGGAAAAGUUUGAGAAGCAUGAUCCUCAAAACAAGGAGAUUUGGUGUUCGGUGAUUGCGCUUAAAAUACGUAGUGGUUUUGUUGAUGAUGUUUUGGGAAUUGUUGAGUGGGCUAGUGUUGUACACACGGUUCCCAGUUCAUACGUUUUCUUGCGUUGUCAAGUGAAAUCGGUUUGAGUUUUUUGCUUUUGUUUUCACCGCU